GUCUUUUUUCCAUGGAAAAAGCAGUGGAGGAAGCGCAGCGCGCGUACGACGCCUUCGUGGCGGCGAUGAUAGCGGUGGUGGAGGCGAAGAAGGAGGCGCCAGGCGGCGAGCGCACGGCCGAGACUGAAGCGGCCCUCGAGGCGUUCGGGGACGGGUAUCGGAGCUUCCUGUGCGCGCUGGACUCGCCGGAGGCGACGGUCGAUGCUUCGAGGCAGAAGGUCACGGCGUAUCUCGGUGGAGGCUUCGUCGACGAGUCCGCUGCGGGGAGGAUCCGCCGGUGCUAGAGCGGGCGACUCAGGCCUUGGAUUUGUUCGCGGCGGACGGCCGCGUCUUCUAGAAUCAGAGUUCGCCGAGCGGCGGCGCUGGCAACAUGGGAAAGGGAAAUCUAGACGCGACGUAAUUAAGAUAGCAAUUAUUUUUUAUUUUUUUAUUUAUUUAUUUUUUGGAGAAACAUGAUUUUGACGGAAGUUGACUUUGUUAUUUUUUUAAAGGUAAAUAUAUUACAAAAAAAAAAAAAUUUGUAGAUACGUGUUCAAAGUUCGAAACACACGCGUUUGAGCU